AUGCCUGACAACUGGUGGCCGAAGAGUAUAUAAAGGACAAUGUCCUUUGGGUCAGGAACAGAAAAUUGACCAAAGAAAAGAAGAGAAGACUGAAUACUGGAGAAUACUAGAUACCUUCACCUUAAUACAGACAGUCAUGGUGCGCCUGUCAAAUACGAAAUUGUGCCUUUGGGCCGUGAUGACCGCUCUGCUACUAGUGCAAAUCGUUCAUCCAGCCAUUGGUUACGCCAUAAGAAUACAGCGAAGAGAGGCUAAUGAUGAGGUGCGGUCAUUAGAAGAUAACAAAGCUGAUGAAUCAGGUCACAGCAUCCAGAAAAGAUCUAUUGUUGGGGCUGGUUUGAAAUUCGUGUUUAAAAAUUUUUGGGAUGAUUUGCUGUGCCUGGGGUCUCACUUAGCUACUCUAGCAAACUGCAACAGUUUAUCACCGGGAGCUUGCCAAAGAUUAAAGAACUUGGAAACUAAACGCGAUCAGAUAGCGACCUUAGUAAACGAGACACUGGAGACGCAAGUUGAGUGGGCAACAUUGAAUUCCACUGACGAGAAAGCCAUCACUAAUCUACAGCUGGUCGAGAAAGACUUGGAACUGGUCACAGCCAGCAAUCUUCGUCUCAUGGGCAUACUUAAGGCGAUCAGCGUGGUAGAAGAAAACGACACUGUUUACGACUCAGCCACCGAUAAUGUUACAGAGAUCAGAAUACGGUACCAGAUUGAGAUGGAAACCUACUUGAACGGCAUCAAAGCAACGCUGACAUCUGUGGGUUCUCAAGUCGAUUCUCUAAAACACCACGACUACGUAAUGUUUGCCAUCAUGACAGCAGUCCCCCUUGUGGCUCUGCACACCAGCCACAUUGUGACAUCUGCCCGUCAAGCUAUUCUCUCGAGAAGUCAAUCCUAUCAGGUAGUAGAUAUCGUUGGUGGCAACGGCAAGAUGAAACUCGCGUAUAACCCAGAGGGGCGACUUUACGUCGUGCAGGAUUCUCCAGAAUUGGGUAAACUGAAGGUUCUACAAUCGGUCAGUGACAGUGGAAAAGUUGGACGGUUCUGGAAGUUUAUGACGCCAGCCGGACAGUCUGCCAUGGUCUCCGAGUUUCUUGAAAGCUUCGACUUCGAGAGAGGCAAAAAAAUCGCCUGGCUUCAGCAAAAUAACGCCGACUAUCUCAACACACUAAAACAAAAGGGAUACGUUACUGCCUUCCUGAGUAGAACAGAGGGUCUUUCAAAUACAGAGUUAGAUGACUUUGUGAAGAAAGCGGCAGUCUUAGAUCAAGAUAAGUUCUACAAGUACGAUGUCGAUAUCCCUGAAGCUGACCUUCCAAAGAAUAUGAAAUUAGGCCUAGACAUGCUUAACCCUAAUGACAUUGCUGUGGUCAAUGCAUACAACAGAUUGAAGACUACACACCCCGACCUACUAGACAAUUUGAAUAAAGCCGGUGCUACAGGAAAGUUCUUAGAAAACUCCCAAACUCUCACAGACGCUGAGUUUGACGCCUACGCAGCAAAAGUAAAAGCAGCAGCCCCCGAGUUACCCGACGGCAAUCUCAAGCACUUCGACUGGGACGUGCCUGCAAAAAAAGUAACAUUCACUCAAAGUAUCAAAAAUGGGUGGUCGUCCUUUAGAAACUUUAACUUGUUUAACUGGAGAGGACGUCAAGUGAAGAUAAGCAGUGUUCUUACCAUGGGGACCAUAGGUGGAAGCCUGAACGUCGCGCUUUGUUUGUACAUGACCAUUUCGUCAACCAAAAGUGUAGAAGAAAAAAUCAUAGAAAUCGAUGGCAAACUCGAUGAGGCCAAGGCUAGCGUAGAGCAGAAACAGGCAGAGCUGGAAGCUCUUCUUGUGGAGGAGCAAGACCUCUACUCAAAAAUCAAGAAUAACACCGUGUCUUUGUACAAUCUCUUUAGUACCACCGAUAACACCAUUGCAGACGACCCAAGUUGCCAGGACACCUUGUGCACAUUCCUCCGUGACGCUGCCCAAAUCCAGGUUAUCGCCGAUUUCCUUUCUACGUGGAAUAAUGAUACCGUCACAUCUGGGACUAUUCUGGUCAGUCAGUUGGCUUUUAUGGCAGCUCUCACCGAAUCAAAGACGGAAAUGAUUGACCUAUACAACUCUGCCACAGUCACCACCAACGUUAUAAAUUGGGUGACCGACGGCCUGACACUAGACAGGAUGCUGGAGAACGCAGUCACGCUGAAUCUCGACGCCCGCAUUCCGGACAAGUUUUCAGUUUUGACAGUAAUCAAGGUUGCCUUUCCAUCUCUCGAGAAUUACGAUGGAAUUCCUCUCGGCUGUAUUGGUGGUUCAAUUACUACACAGGCAGAACUUGAAGCAUACCUGGUCGAAGCAGCUCCUAUAACUGGCGAUGUUGUUGAUGACAUCAAGACUGGUAAGCUCUUGGGAGUUUCCGUUGAUACGAUCGUUACGCUUAUUCAAAACAAAGUGGCUUCUGGCGAUCUCCCUGCAGACCCAUGCAAUGGUCAAGCUUGUACCAGAGAAGACGUGUUGAAGGUGAUUGCCGCGGAAUAUCCAGACGAGACAUCGUAUGAUGGGGAGGAUUUGACAGCACAUAGAAAUAGCGCCUCUUGCACGAAUGCAGAAUCGGCUGCUCAAGCCGAAGCCCAGGCUCAAGCAGAAGCCCAGGCGCAAGCCGCAGCCCAGGCUCAAGCCGCAGCCCAGGCUCAAGCCGCAGCCCAAGCUCAAGCCGCAGCCCAAGCACUAGCUGCAGCCCAGGCUCAAGCCGCAGCCCAAGCACUAGCUGCAGCCCAAGCUGAAGCAAUUGCCAAAGCCAAAGCCGCAAUGGAAGCUAUGCAAAAAUCUUUGAAAAAAGCCUUUAGGAUAUCAUUUGGAUAAUUUCUGCUGCUAAUUUUAUUUGAUUAAAUGAAGGAGGAUUUGAUUAAAAGCACUCCAUUUGUAAUAGAUAUGCGCAGUUUUCAAAAUUGUUCAUUUAUGCUCUUGUUAAAUUGUGCAAAGAGCUUUAAUCCUAAACGAUAUGCCACUAAUAUACCAGAGAAAUGAUCACUGAAACUGUACUUAUUGGUACUGUUGCAAUUUUAUUGCUUUGUUAUUGUAUAUGUUUAAUUAUAACAUACAAUGGAAUACAUGUAAGUUACAUGUACGUGUGCUUGGUAGAAGCACGCAUAUUGUCUUUCUUCAACUUAUUUUUUAAAAUACAUAUCUAUUCUUCAAA